AUGGUAUCGGUCCCCUCCGCCAGCGUGUCGAACGGAUCCAUCACCACGAUCAGCACCAAUGCACAUGCCAAAGAUUCUCCCGCCAUGACCACGCCUUCAGCUUCCAUCGCAAACGGGGCCAAGUCAAAAGCGGCGCAGGUCAACGGGAAUGGCUAUCACCCGCCAAAACCUCAAGUGCCGCUGAGCUCCAUGAAGAGCGCGCCUCUCGACCUGUCGUCAGUUGAGCGCCGCGGGCAACCUACCAUGUGCAAGGAGCCCCUCAAGAAGAAGAACAGGCCACACGGGCUGCAGGAAGCGCCGACGUACCAGCCAACGGAGGAGGAAUGGAAAGAACCUUUCGAGUACAUCAGGAAAAUCUCAAAAGAGGCGAGAGAAUACGGUCUCUGCAAAAUCAUUCCACCAGACUCUUGGAACCCCGAAUUCGCCAUCAAUACAGAGGUGGGUGACCUUGUGAAGCGGUAUCGCGAUUUUUUGCUGAAAUUUCAUUUUCGAACGCGGAAACAGGAGCUCAAUUCUGUUGAAGGCAGUAAGGCUCCCCAUCUCAAGCUAAAUCCCCCUUCUUCAUUGGAGCGUCAUACUGAGGGUGACUCGUCAGGCACCCGUGCGAAUCUCACCUACCUGGACGCGCUCCAGAAAUUCCACAAACAACAAGGUAACACGAACUUGACGAGAUGGCCGUACGUCGACAAGAAACCACUGGACCUGUACCGGCUCAAAAAAGCCGUCGAGGCCCGCGGUGGGUUCGAGAAGGUGUGCAAGCUGAAGAAGUGGGCAGAGAUUGGUCGUGACCUGGGGUACAGUGGCAAAAUAAUGUCGUCUCUGUCCACCUCACUCAAGAACUCGUAUCAGAAGUGGCUCUGCCCCUAUGAGGAAUACUUACGGACCGCCAAACCUGGCGUCUACCAGCAGCUAGAGCUGGAGUAUGGCGGCCCUCUAACUCCCAGCCCAGCCCAGAGCCCGAUGAAGCGGUCAAAUGUCAACACGCCCUUAAGUCUCCGUGCCGAGUCGCCGGCCAGACAUGCGACAGACGCGCUACAGGCGACCAUGAACGGCCACAAGGAGACUGACCAAGACGUCCAAAUGUCCGACACGCCCGCAGCUAGCACACCACAGGUCUCAUCAGGCUUCACGGCGACCAACUCGGGAGGCUUCACUGCCAUCAAUUCCGGCUUUACGAGUAUCAACCGACCCCAAAACGUGGCUUCGGAGAACAAGAGUCUCUCCACACCAAAACAGUACAGCACGCCGCUCGCGUCCUCAAAAAACACACCAGAAUACCGACCUUCAUCCCUUGGCCCUGCCGGACUCAAGCGACAACUUAGUUGCGACGAUGUGGAGAAGGACUCGCCCUGUAAUGUUCCCACUGUAGCGGGUUCGCACAUGUCACUCUUUCGUCCAUCGGCUCCUAGGAUACCCCGAGAUGAGGCUCUGGGCUCGGGUGAGACCUGCGGCAAAGGUCACGAGACUGACGGCUUCCUGCUCGUUUGCGAGUCCUGCGAGCAUGCUUACCAUGGCGCUUGCCUUGACCCGCCAGUUAAAGUCAAGCCGGAGACAGAAUGGAACUGCCCCCGCUGUCUUGUUGGCGACGGCCAGUUUGGCUUCGAGGAAGGUGGACUGUACUCGCUAAAACAGUUCCAAGAGAAGGCGGCCAACUUUAAGCAAGGUUACUUCGAGAAGAAGAUGCCCUUUGACCCUGUCCUCAACUGCCAUCGACCAGUUACCGAAGACGACGUCGAACAGGAGUUCUGGCGCCUAGUUGCCGACUUGGAGGAGACGGUGGAAGUCGAAUAUGGUGCUGAUAUCCAUUGCACAACCCACGGCUCUGGAUUUCCGACCAUCGAGAAGAACCCCACCGACCCCUAUUCAACCGAUCCCUGGAACCUGAACCUUUUACCCCUGCAUCCAGAAAGUCUCUUCCGCCAUAUCAAGUCUGACAUCUCCGGCAUGACAGUUCCGUGGGUUUACGUCGGCAUGAUUUUCUCCACUUUCUGUUGGCAUAACGAAGACCAUUACGCGUAUUCGGCCAACUAUCAGCACUUCGGAGCCACCAAGACUUGGUACGGGAUCCCCGGAGAUGAUGCCGAGAAGUUUGAGAAUGCAAUGAGGGAGGCCGUCCCGGAGCUUUUCGAGACGCAGCCAGACCUUCUGUUCCAGCUUGUUACUCUUUUGACCCCGGAUCAGCUGAAGAAGGCCGGUGUUCGAGUCUAUGCGCUUGAUCAACGCGCAGGACAGCUCGUCAUCACCUUCCCGCAAGCCUACCACGCCGGCUUCAACCAUGGGUUCAACUUCAAUGAGGCCGUGAACUUUGCUCCCAGCGACUGGGAGCCCUAUGGGCUAGCAGGUGUCGAAAGGUUGCAGGCCUUCCGUCGGCAACCGUGUUUCUCGCAUGAUGAGCUCCUGUGGACCGCGGCGGAAGGUAUCACCAACGGGGGACUGACGAUCCAGACCGCCAAGUGGCUGGCUCCUGCGUUGGCUAGAAUACACGAACGGGAACUCGACCAAAGACAGGUAUUCACAGGCAAGCACGAGUUCAUCGCCAAACGGCUCGAAUCAAAGCACCCGGUUGAGCAUCAUCGCUGUGUCUUCAACGGAGAGAACGACCCUGAAUGCCCGCUAGUCUUCAAGAUCGAGGACGUUGAUGUUCCCGAGGAAGAGUCCUCGUGCUUUUAUUGCAAGGCUUUCACGUACUUGUCGAGAUUUGUUUGCCAGAAAACCGGCAAGGUUUUGUGUCUCCUGCAUGCUGGCAGCCACCCAUGUUGCGAUUACAGCGACUCCGAGCGCUACCUCGGCAAGGACCACGUCUUGUACUACCGCAAGACGGACGAACUCAUGGCCGCGACGUACAAGAAGGUGGCCGACCGCGCCAAUGUCCCAGAGGCAUGGGAGGAGAAGUACGAGAAACUCCUGGACGAGGAAGCCAAACCUUCUUUGAAGUCUCUGCGGGCUGUGCUCAGCGAAGGUGAGAAGAUCCCAUACGAACUGCCUUCACUCCCAACCCUCCGAGCCUUUGUUGAGCGGUGCAAUACUUGGGUUGAGGAGGCAACCAACUACACAGUUCGGAAGCAACAGAACCGGCGCAAGAAUGAGAAGGCCUGGCAAAUCGGGACAAGGAAGUCAAUCGGCAGUUCUUACCAGGACUCGAAAGAGCGAGAGAUGCGCAAUGUCGCCAACAUCUACCGUCUCCUAGACGAAGCUGAAAGGAUUGGCUUCGACUGUCCGGAGAUACUCCAAUUGCAAGAACGCGCUGAUGCGAUCAAGACUUUCCAGCAUGACGCGGUCCGUCUCCUCGAGUUUACCACGGACCAUGAUAUUGAGCGGGUCGAGAAACUUCUUGAAGAGGGGCAGAGCUUCAACGUGGACAUUCCCGAGGUGGAGAAGCUGUCGCGUCUUUUGGAGCGAGAGCAAUGGAAUGCCAGAGCCCGGGAUAGCAUUGGAACCAGCAUGACACUGAACGAUGUUCGUCUUCUUCUUGAGGAAGGUCAACGCCUUGAAAUCCCGCCAUAUAACGACCAACUGAACCACUUUUCGGAGAAGCUUGCCGCCGGUCACCUGUGGGAGAAGACGGCACAGGACCUCAUCAACGCCGAGGUGGUUCACUAUCCCCAACUGCAAGCCCUUGCGGAUCAAGUCCGUGAAAACGCCUUGCCCGUCACACCGGAGACCCUGGCUGCCGUGGAACAGAAGCUUCACAAGCAGCGCGAGGCUGCAAGACAGAUAGAGGAUCUGAACAGGCGCCUCAACAGCUCCGACUAUCGACAACGGCCAAAGUAUGGCGAGAUGGCUGACGUGAUGAAGAAGAUAGAGGAACUUCAAGCCAAGCCAUCUGGCAUCCAUGAGCUCGAGAAGGAACAGAAGCGGCACGAGGACUGGAUGAGAAAAGGCAAGAAGCUGUUUGGGAAGACUAACGCUCCUUUGCACAUUCUCAAGUCGCACAUGGAGUACGUUCUUGACCGUAACGUGGACUGUUUCGACUUUGUUCACGACAAGCCCCGUGUCCCCGCUGAGCCCCAAUCGAGAGAGCCAAGUCCGUCAGAAAGGGAGAAGACAAAUCGGUGGGACGAUCCCAAAUUCCGGGAGGUCUUUUGCAUCUGCCGCCGUACCGAGGCUGGCAUGAUGAUUGAAUGCGAGCUCUGCCAUGAAUGGUAUCACGGCAAGUGUCUCAAGAUCGCGCGUGGCAAGGUCAAGGAAGAUGACAAGUACACUUGUCCAAUUUGCGACUGGCGUGUCAAGAUUCCACGCGAUGCCGCUCGUCCCAAACUUGAAGAUUUGGUUCAGUGGUAUGAGGAGAUUAUUAGCCUCCCAUUCCGGCCAGAUGAGGAAGAGGUCUUGAAGAAGAUCAUCGACAACGCCCAGAACUUCCGCAACCACAUCGCUGGCUUUUGCAGCCCCGUGGUCUCGACAGCGUCCGAGGCAGAGACACAGCGCUUUUACCUACGCAAGAUUGAGGGUGCCGAGAUCCUCCUGGCGUACGAGACCAACUUCUUCCGACAAGAACUUCACAAGUGGUGCCCUGUUGCCCCAGAGCCUCCCCCGGUACUUGAGUCUUCUAAGAGCACACGCAAGCCCAGGCCAACCAAACUGAUGAAGCUUCUCCUUCAAUACGGAGUGGAUGAUGCAGACGAUUUACCCGAGAGCGUGAAAGGCAAGGCCAACAGCCUCAAGCGCAAGGCCCAGAAUGCCGAAGCUGCUGCGGCUGCUGCCGCCGGCGGAGGUGCUUUGGCCGCAAGUCCCAGUCACAGAGCGCCUGGCCACCCAUUCUAUUCUCGCAACUCGUCCGCUCAACCGUCAACCCCUGGUCUCUCGAUGCCGCCCAACCACCAUCCUUCAUCAUCCCACAGCGCCGGCCUGGACUCGUCCUCUCACCCGAAUCACUCUUCCUACUUUCUCCCAACAGGGCCCCACCUCCUGUUGAGUGACAGCUCCACGCAGCACUUUGAGCAGCGUCUGAUCGAGGGCAAGGUCGAUGACCGGGAACUGAACGAGCAUCUCUCCACCGAUGAGGGGAGAACGAGGAUUAUGGAGAUCUUGUCUCGGACAGAGACCGGCAAGCAACGUGCCAAGGACCUGUUUGGUCCCAAAAUCUGGGAUCCUACGGCUGCUGCCAACGCUGGCUCGUCAGGUCCUCGGGAUAACGAUCCCCUUGGCAUCGGCAUGGGAGGAGACGGCGAUGGAGACGACAGCAUGUUUGUUGAUCUGGUCAAUGAGGAUGACGACGAGGAUAAGAAAGCCGCCGUCGAUCAUGCCCACCAUGAUGCGGAUAUUCACAUGGAGGACGACCAUGGAGGCGAGGCUGCUUCACUCAUAGAACUGGGGCAGUAG